UAUUUUGCAGCGAAUGGCCUAGUUGAAACUUGUGCUUCGUUGCGGAGGGAACUGGGAUCCGCCCCUGAUAUUGACGAGACAACGCAGACAAGAUACGAAUCACUGUUAGAAAAAAAAUGGACCAGCAACUCCCGAUUACAGAGGAAGAUAAUGGAACUUGAAUCUCGUAAUCAAGCUCUCCAACAGGAGCUUGAUAAUGUAACACCCGCCUCCCUCCUCAAAUGCAGCAGUGACGCGACCAGUUGGCUUCCCCAACGUGCGAAAUUUAAACUGCAGUCCCACCGUGGGGCAAUCAACUGCAUUGCUUUCCAUCCUAUCUUUUCUUCAAUCGCGUCUGGUGCUGACGACAAUGCGAUAAAGGUAUGGGAUUGGGAACAUGGCGUGUGGGAGGCAACACUCAAAGGUCAUACAAAGGCGGUGCACGGCUUGGAUUACGGCGAUACACCCAAUGGAGUUUUUCUCGCCUCUUGCAGCUCCGACUUGACGAUCAAGCUUUGGGAUCCGAGGAAUGGCUACAAGAACACCAGGACCUUGCAAGAUCAUAGCCAUAUUGUCAGUGCCGUGCGAUUUAUACCGUCACGAGACCUACUGGCCAGUGCAAGCAGAGAUGCGCAGGUAAAGCUGUGGAACACGGCCAACGGACAUUGCGUGAAAACCAUAGAAGGCCACACUGGCUGGGUGCGAGAUAUCUUCCCCUCUGCAGGUGGAGAUUAUCUGCUCUCUACGGGCGAUGAUAGGACUGUCCGUCUUUGGGACAUUUCGAGUACUCAGCCGGAAAACAAAAUGUCAACGACAGGGCACGAAAACUUCAUCAUCUGUUGCGCGAUAGCUCCAUCGGAAACAUUUCAGUAUAUUGCUCCCUGGCUUCAUCUGAAAAAACCGGCCAGUCCCGUCGAAUUCAUGGCUACCGGGUCACGUGAUAAAACCGUCAAAUUAUGGGAUUUUCGGGGAACUUGCAUUCUGACUCUCAUUGGUCAUGAUAAUUGGGUGCGUGCAAUCGCAUUCCACCCGGGUGGGAAGUAUCUCCUUUCGGUAUCAGAUGACAGGACGCUACGUUGCUGGGACUUAAGCCAGCAAGGCAAGUGUGUGAAAAUUAUCAGCGACUCAGAUGGCAACUUCAUUACCUGCUUGAAGUGGGCUCCUAGCAUUGCAAAUCAUGCACAAAGCCCAAGAAACCUUUCAUUUGAACAAUCAAAGGGCAAUGCAUCGGUAGGUAGCAGCAAUAAGGUGAAUGGGGAAGGUAGAUUGGACAAACAAAUUCGUUGUGUGGUUGCAACAGGAAACGCGAAUGAGCAGGUGAAAAUCUAUGCAGAAUGA